CAAUGAUCAGUGGAAGAAGAGUGCCCACCAGAGAUUCCAUCUUUUGACAUUUCAAACCCCAAUCUUCAUGGCAACCCUGAGCAAGCAACCCUCUUCAUUGUACCUUUCAAGCGAUCCAAUAGUAAAGCGAAACGUGUCAGAUUAUCAAUUCUUCAUCACCCACCUAACUGUUCCUUACUAUUAAUUCACUGCACAAUUCCAUUUAACCACUCAUCAAUCCCAUACACCAGAAAGAAUCUCACAUCUUCUUCCAAUGGAUCGGUUUUCUCUCCUCUCCGUCCUGAUACUCGCCUUGACGGCCACCGCCUAUGCCCUCGAGGAUGAAGAUCCGUUGAUCCGUCAGGUUGUUACCGGCGCCGAGGAACUGCUCAACGCCGAUCAUCACUUUUCGCUCUUCAAGACCAAGUUCGCCAAAAGCUACGCUACCCAGGAGGAGCACGACUACAGAUUCUCCGUCUUCAGUGCUAACUUGCGCCGCGCUCAGCGCCACCAGCUGAUAGAUCCAUCCGCCGUCCACGGCGUCACAAAAUUCUCGGAUCUCACUCCCAAGGAGUUCCGCAGGACGUACCUCGGGAUCAGCAAACGACGGUCCAACAAGCUUAAGCUCCCCUCGGAUGCACAGAAGGCCGAAAUCCUUCCAACCGGAAAUCUCCCCGCCGAUUUUGACUGGCGUACUUACGGUGCCGUGACAGGCGUGAAGAAUCAGGGUUCAUGUGGUUCUUGCUGGUCGUUUAGCACCACUGGAGCGUUAGAAGGAGCGAAUUUUCUGGCAACCGGUGAGCUAGUGAGCCUCAGUGAGCAGCAGCUUGUGGAUUGCGACCAUUUGUGUGAUCCGGAGGAUGCAGAUUCAUGUGAUUCUGGGUGUAAUGGUGGACUGAUGACCACUGCCUAUGAAUAUGUGCUCAAGUCGGGCGGCCUUGUGCAGGAAAAGGACUAUCCUUACACAGGGAGAGAUGGCACUUGCAAAUUUGACAAAAAGAAAAUUGUUGCAUCUGUUGCGAAUUUCAGUGUAGUCUCCCUUGAUGAAGAUCAAAUUGCUGCCAAUCUUGUUAAACAUGGCCCUCUUUCAGUGGGAAUCAAUGCAGCUUUCAUGCAGACAUACAUUGGAGGAGUAUCAUGCCCUUACAUAUGUUCAAAGAGAAAUUUGGAUCAUGGGGUGGUGCUGGUGGGGUAUGGAGCUGCUGGGUAUGCCCCAAUCAGGCUUAAGGAAAAGCCGUACUGGAUUAUCAAGAACUCUUGGGGUGAAAAUUGGGGGGAGGAAGGUUAUUACAAGAUCUGCAGGGGUAAUAACAUCUGCGGUGUGGAUUCCAUGGUUUCUACCGUUUCUGCUGCUGUAAGCCACUCUUAAGCUGCAGUCAAGUCUCCUUGGUCCGUUUAUCUAGUAUAUAAACAUGACUGAAUGAAUCUAGCUUUGUGUCUCCAUUUUCUGUAAAUAUAAAUCAUUAUUGCAGUAUAAAAUGGUCGAACUUCUGUGGAACCUUUAGGCGCGCGAUCACAGAACUCCCUUAACCACUAUGUAUGUUUUAGUUGAAAUGUGGUCAUGUGGACCAAGUACCACGGAGACUUGUGAAGCAACUAAUUUUCUAGUUUUCUAUUACCAGUAUCUCGUACUUCGAUGUAAGACAACAUUAAAUAAAACGUUGUCUUACGGUAUUGUUUGUGUGUGCUUGUGCAGUUGUGCUUUUGAAUAACCAUCCAUUUGAGAUAAUAUAACGACAAUGCUAAUUAUAAAAAAAU